UGCAAAAGCGUGGGAAAAUGUAGCUGAUGAUGUGAUUUAUAGAUGUUGGGAAAAAACAGUUCAAGAAGCACCUGAAGAAGAAGAUGAUGAUGAUAUUGGCCCACAAAUACCUAAUAAAAUCGCCUUAGAAAGCAUUCAAAAUCUAUAUAAUUACUUGCAACAGAAUAAUGAUAUACAA